AUGCAGCGCUCGGCGCCGGCACCGGAACAGAGGCUGGGCCUCCCCACCUUAGUGGCCUCCGGCUCCGGCCCGCGAUCGGCUGGGGCUGGCCUGGGGCGGGGGCUCGAGCUAGGACUCCCCGGGCGGCCUGCCCCGCCCCGCGGCCUCCGCCCAGCUGGGGACGGGGGCGUGGUUUCCAGCGGGGCUGGAGGGACAGGAUUGAUGCGCAUGCGAACUGGUGCCGAGCACCGAAGCCACCCGGGCGUGAGGUGGCUGCGGAGUUCUCGUUGGAAAGUAGGAGAGAAUUUGGGGGCCCGCGCGGCUCAGCCCGACCCCCGACCGCUUGAUCGGGCCCGUGUUCUCUCGUCCCUUCCUCCCGACAUCUCCAGGAAUCCCCCAGGGCCCAGCUGA